AUGACUCCAUUGAAUGUGAUGCAGCUUCAAUUUGUGUUUUUUUGCGACGGCAAAUUCUCGGAGCAUCAACUUUCAUUGCUAUCGAGUCUUCUUCACCGUAUAUUCAAGCUGUGUUCGCAGUCCCGAGUCCUUUGCCCUUCGGAGAUGUAUUGGAUCUAUACAUGA